GCUCCAGAGCUCCAACCUAAAAUCAGACAGCCAUAUAAACUAGGUUGUACUGUGUUCAGGUCAAGUUUACAGCGGAUGUACCCACGCUAUAGUUCCAUGAUGUUGCCUUUGUUGUUUUUUGCAUUUCUGGUCGGAGGUGCGCGGGCCAGUGAUGUGCUCGAGUUUACUGAUGACGAUUUCGACAGCAGAAUUACAGAUCAUGAAUUAAUUCUUGUUGAAUUUUUUGCACCAUGGUGUGGUCACUGUAAGAGACUUGCUCCUGAAUAUGAGGCUGCUGCAACACGACUGAAGGGAGUUGUACCUAUUGCUAAGGUGGACUGCACUGCCAACUCGAACGUGUGCAGUAAGUACGGCGUGAGUGGCUACCCAACCCUGAAGAUUUUCAGAGAUGGAGAGGAUUCCGGUCCAUAUGACGGACCAAGAACUGCAGAUGGAAUUGUUAGCCUUCUUAAAAAGCAGGCAGGCCCAGCUUCUGUGGAGCUCAAAACUGAGGAAGAUUUCACUAAAUUCACUUCAGACCGUGAUGCCAGUGUUGUGGGAUUUUUUGCUGAUGCUGGAAGUGCCUCACAGAGUGAGUUCCUGAAAUCAGCCAGUGCACUGAGGGAUUCAUACCGCUUUGCCCACACAAACACAGAAGCCCUGCUGAAGAAACAUGGCAUUGAGGGACAGAGUGUCGUUUUGUUCCGGCCACCUCAGCUCAAUAACAAAUUUGAAGAGAGCAGUGUGAAGUUCACUGAGGACAAAUUUACCAAUGCCAAGAUUAAGAAAUUCAUUCAGGAUAACCUUUUUGGAAUAUGCCCACACAUGACAGAUGACAACAAAGAUCAGCUGAAAGGCAGUGAUAUUCUGGUGGCUUAUUAUGACGUUGACUACGAGAAAAACCCCAAAGGCUCCAACUACUGGAGAAACAGGGUCAUGAAGGUGGCCAAGAGUUUCUUGGACCAGGGUAAGAAGCUGAACUUCGCUGUGGCCAAUAAGAACAGCUUCAGUCAUGAGGUGUCAGAGUUUGGACUGGACUCCAGCAGUGGAGAGCUGCCUGUUGUCACCAUCCGAACUGCCAAGGGCGACAAAUAUGUCAUGCAGGAGGAGUUUACCCGUGAUGGAAAGGCCCUGGAGAAAUUCCUGCAGGAUUACUUUGAUGGAAACCUGAAGCGUUACUUGAAGUCUGAGCCCAUUCCAGAUAGCAAUGACGGCCCUGUCAAAGUUCUUGUGGCUGAGAACUUCGACUCUAUCGUGAAUGAUGAGAGUAAGGACGUGCUCAUCGAGUUUUACGCUCCCUGGUGUGGACACUGCAAGAGUCUGGAGCCUAAAUACAAAGAACUGGGUGAAAAGGUGGCCAAUAAUCUAGAUCUCAUCAUUGCCAAGAUGGAUGCCACAGCAAACGAUGUGCCAUCACCAUAUGAAGUCAGAGGAUUCCCCACCAUUUAUUUCUCUCCAGCUGGGCAGAAGCAGAAUCCAAAGAAAUAUGAGGGAGGCCGUGAAGUCAGUGACUUUAUUUCCUACCUGAAGAAGGAAGCAACAAAUCCAAUGGUGGUGAAGGAAGAUGAGAAGAAGCCAAAGAAGAAGUCAGAGUUAUAAGUCGUUAGGGAAUUCAGACAGGAGUCAUGUAGGGAGCUAAAUUAUAUUCCAACUCUAGUGAACAACAGAAUGCUCUGAUGCAAUAUGGGCUCUCUCUUGGGCCAGCUGCUCUUGGGACACUGUGGAAGGUUGUAAAGCAAAGACCUUUGUGUGAUUAUGAAAUAUUGAAGACAUGCAGUCUGGUCAAAUUGAGAUUAUUUUUUGCCCCUUCCCCCCACUCCCACUGUACCACCAACAGAUGCACUUUGGUUUAAAGACCAAGUCCAGUCAUGCUUUCUUUUUCAUGGAAACGGGCAGGGGUUCUGGUUAAUUAAAAGAUUUCCUUUGAUUUUUGUACCAUAUCUCAUUUUUGUACAUUUGGAGAGGUUGUGAAAUAAAGGCCCACUAAACCAG